AUGAAUUUCCCUUCUGCGUUUGAUCCUACAAUCUUUUUUGGCGAUGUCACAAAUCACUCGAGCAUUGACCCAAGCUUCCAAAUUGCUGCGUGCUCUCAAACUAUUGCGUCAACUACUUUGCCUGGCUUUUCUCCUCAAAAUCUAUUUGGUGGCACUGGCAACCAAGUACCCCGGGCACUCCCUCUAAGAGAACAUUACAUCGACGCGUUUCAUGAGAACUUCUACGCCGCUCAUCCCUUUAUACCGCCAAAGCAGCUUCUUCUGAUCUUAGCAGAGAAGAUCUCCCUAGAGCCCCUCCUUGCAGCGAUACGUUGGAUUGGUUCUUUAUUCAUCGACCGAGAAAGCUCUGACAGCCUCCUCACAGAUGCAUCCCACCAAAUAGACAGUGCACCUCUCAGAAACGGCCUCCUAGUGCAGGCGAUGUUGCUUGUCGUCAUUGGACUUGACGGCAAUCGUCAAGAAAAAAGGGCCAGACAGCUCAUGGCAGAUGCCCGGGAUAUCUCGAUUCAGAUUAAAUUAAACACUGAUCCGUUUGCUGUCACCAACGGACAAGGAAUUCCGAUACUUGAGGAGAGCUGGCGAAGAACAUGGUGGGAGCUUUACGUUGUGGAUGCCCUUAUGUCGGGCGUACAUCAGACCAACACAUUUGUCCUGUAUGAUUUACCUACGGAUGUCGGUCUGCCUUGUGAAGAGUCUCAAUAUUUCACUGGACAAAUACCUGUCCCUAUUCACCCAUGCGAUACGGAAACUUUGGGACUGUUUGAUACAAGGCCGCUUUCUUCGUACGCCUAUCGGAUCCAAUGUGCCUGUAUCUUGGGUGCUCUUCAAGCAAUGCCAUCAGAGGUCGAUCAUGUCGCCAGGCUCCUCGCUAACUGGAUGCUCCGCUUACCUCCUUCAAAAUACGACGCUUAUUGCAAUUGCGAUUUAGAUGAGAUGAUGUUCCAGGCCAUUAUGAUGUGGCAGGCCAUUUCAAUUCUCUUACACCAGCCUCACUCACAACUGGAUCCAUCGUUGACUUAUUAUAUCAAGCCCUCCGUUACCAACACGCCAGCUUUGUCCAGCGAUGCCUUCAAUUCGCAUACCAAACAUACAAUUAGAGCUGCGAGGGAGCUUAGCAAGUUGAUCAGCUAUCGUGUUCCCCUUCUUAAACAUACUCAUUUCUUUACUUACAUGGUGACACUCUCGUCUACAAUCCACCUCAGCAGAUGGUCACUAGCCUUUGUGGCCCAAGAUGACGAGGAUCUUCGUCAAAAUAUGGGUCAGAAUAUUGGGGCCCUGGUCAAGUACGCUGAGAUAUGGCCUAUGGCGCAACAUUUGGGAUUACAAGUAAAAAGAAUGGCAAAAGAGGUUUAUCGAGUGAAGAAGCUAUAG